AUGUCGUCCUCCUGCUUGUACUUCCUUCUCGGCACCUUACACGUUCUUUUACUGCGCUACAACACCCCCUGCACAACGGUGCUUUCUCUCUGUACGCUUCUUCUUUUCCUUUACAUUUAUACGUCAAAUACUUUAAAACUCGAGAUGCGCAUCAAAGAACACGACUUGCUGUACUUUGUGUUUGCACAAGUUUUAGAGCACUAUUUUGUGCAGAGCUACCUGAGAUACAGGGUUUUUAGCAUACUAGGCGGGCUGAUUACCAUUGCUGGGGUUGCCGCGUUUGUCUAUUCCCUGCUGUCGUGUAAAAUGAAUAACACAAACACGCCGUUCACCGGUCUUUUCUCUGUUGUAAGACAUCCAUUGCACUCUUCCUUGCUUGUUUUUAUGGCUGGGUCCUGUGUGUAUCUAUCAUCGUUUGUUUCUCUUGCCGUUCUUGUGUGGUACCUCAAAAAAAAUGCGCAGUCCUUUUCUGCUCUGGACGAGAUUUAUAAGGAUCAUGAGGAGUACCUGAGAGGUGUCCCCAGCGGUAUUCCCUUCAUGGUCACGGAGACGAAAGAGAAGAAGGAUUAAGACUUGAAUGCUGUGAAGAGACAGAGACACGAAUAAAAGUUAUUUACCUAAA